UGCCCCGCAAUAAACUUUCUAUUAUUUUCUGACGAGCGGUAGCAGUUCUCCGAUCCUUGGCGUUAGAUGAGCGGGAGUUAUUGUUGAUCCGUGCGAGAAGAAGUGUCUAGUUAAGCAAAAGUUUGAAACGUGUUCGAACGCAACGACGUCACUCUUCUGUCUUAUUCACUUCGCUGUCGUUCCCCUCUGUUAAUCGUUGUCUCUCGAACGUGCUCGUACUUAUGUACUCUCUACAGCCCGUGCGAUAACACAAUUGUCGGAGUUGUCACGCACGGCAAUUAUUCUGAUUGAAUUAUCGGCAGGAGCGGUGUUUCGUGAAAAGUUAGUCGAAGUUUGAUACUAUAGACCAAAAGCGAGCACGCGGCAUUAAGCCAAACGCGUUUGCGUUUAACAACCUGUUGAUAGAACGAUUCCAGUCCUCGCACCGCUUUCGUGUGAAAUUUUUGGCUGUAUACGGUAAUCUUCUAUGAUUUCUCCUAAGUUUACAUAAAAAUAAAUGUAAAAUAAUUGCAGUUGUCACUCGCGCUUAUUCACUCACUGUUACGCUUGCGUUUAUAGGAGACGUUGAUUACUAUCGCGAAACAACUCGCGGUACGAAUCGAUAGCAGGACGAUCGUUGCUCAGUCGCAAGGAGCCUUUUUUCUCGGCCGCAGAACUUUCCCUACCUGAAUACAGACGAACUUUUUUACCCUUCCUAUUUUACCUUCGGUUUACCUUCGGCGAACCAUUAAAAAAACGAAUAUACACCCUACGUACUCUACGUUCUAGCGUGCAGCUUUCCUUUUUUUUUAAUUAGCAGCGUCUUCUCGGUGCGCAAAGAGAGAUUGAGAAUGCGAUAUUUUCUGAACUGACCAUAAAAUGUCUCUCCCUAAUUCCGUAUUUGAUCACGAUAGUGUCCAGGAGCGAUCAACUAUAAUGUCUCAAAUGGUAUCUGUGUAACAAGCCGCCAGUAAUUAUUUGUUAACGUGGCAUAAUUUAAUUUGUUACAUAUAUCCAUGUGAAUUUUAUUACAAACGUAAAUAAAUGCAAGUUCUACAGAGAGCGAGUUUUGUUAAGAAUGAAUUAAAAAUUUAAUAUUACCAAAGAUGCAUAAAAAAUUUGUAAAAAUAUAGCUAGUAAUUUUUUACUCGGAAUAAAAUUGUAUGUAAUGUUACACUAAAAAUAUCACCGUGCUAUAUAUGUGUUAUUUGAAGUCCACGAUAAAACUUGCGAUAUCGGUUAUUUAAAAACGCUUUUUUCCGUAGGAUAAAGUUUUAUCCGGCUUCUUCAUUAAAUGUCGUUAUAGAAAUACUGGUAUGCACGCAGACGUCUUAUCGCAGAUAGGCGACUUUUAUUUUUGAUCUGAUAUAUCGAACGAAUAUAUCGAUUUUGCUGUCUAUUGAUCGAUGAUCAGCGUCCACAUGGUCCUCUCUUUAAACGUGUCUUCUACGAUUCUCCCAAAGAUUUGAUAAAGUUAAUCAAUGAUAUUAAAAUCUAAAAUACUUAUUAUAAAAUGAUCUUUAAAAAUGUCAUGUAGAAAACAUGCUUUUAAAUACAAAUAUUCAUCUUGAGAAGCACAAAAAAGUGACAUAAAAUAAUUACUACGUAUAUCCAGCUGCUAUCUUGCUGUGUAGUAACGCCAUCGUCUAUGCAGUUGCUAAUUUGCUUCUACUUAUUAGCGCUUUUGCCCUCGCGCUAAUAAGACAUUGAAAGAUGAAUAGACGAUUGACUCUGCCGGUGCUUUGUGUCUGUAACGAGACUGACGACAGUAACAUUCGCAAGAAAGAAUCAUGGUUGUAGUCUAGUAGCGUCUUCGGUGUCGUGUGCGGACAAAGACAUGGUGCACUAAAAAUACGAUGCAAGUGGCUAAAUUGAUUCCGCAUCUGGCAGUACGCACUGGGAAGGGGCCGCAAGAUCUUAGUAAUUAUUUAUUGACAAACAACGUUCCUAGUAUCGUAAAAAUAUUGUUAGUCUUUAGUAAAGAUGAUCCACAAAUGGACAUACUUGCUAAUACCGCGAGAAGAUUGGGAUGGAGUGUAUCGGUGGCAAAAGAUGCGGAGAAAGCAAUAGAACUUUUUCAAAAUCGCGCUCACGAAUUAGUAAUUAUCGAUCAUAGAGGACAUCACGCGGCAGAAGGCGAUGCUAUUUGUAGAGCGAUCAGAUCAAGUCCGGUUUACCACAAUUCUGUCAUUAUAGCGCUCGUAAAAAAAUCAUACUUCAUGCUCGAUGAGAAAGAUCAUAUUGUGGCACUGAACUUGCUAGAAACAGGCUUUAGUAGAGCACUGAUAGAAUGUUCACACGAAGGUAUAUUAAUAAACGAAUUAGUAGGGAUAUAUACUAGCUCAUUAUUGCCAAGAACUCAACUAGCAGCAGCGCAUGCAUUAUAUUUGGCACUCGACAGGUGUCGCGAUAUGGUGCAUGUAACCAAUGAUAAGAACAUUGUUCAGUUUCUAAAUAAAGUCAGCGAAAAACUGUUAGGAUAUAAGGCAGAGGAGAUGAUGGGAAGAAAUCUCUCGGAAAUAGUAUACUUUGAAAAUUUCACUCUCAUGGAGCAGCAAUUGGCUAAAGGCCGGGAAUUCGAAGGGAAUAUGAAUUGCAAGAGGAAAAACAAUCAAAUGAUUACGAUCAAUUGCAGGAUAAUUCCAUUCUGUAUCACGUUAAAAAAACCAAGUCACUACAUAUACGUAUACGACACUACGUAUCUGUCGGAAAAUUCAGCACCGAUAAGCCCAGUUGGCAGUCCGUUGCAUCCUCCUCUUAAAACGACUAUAUUAUCGAACGCACGGAAAUCCUCGGAUGUCAAAUCUGGUAUAAGCGAAGGCCGCAGGCGGUCCAGCUUGCAGAAACUGCAUACUUUGCAAUUGGAAGCUCCCAUCACUAAAGUCAUUACGUUACUUUCGAACGCGGUCACGGAUACGACUAAUCCGGAAACAGCAGCGCAGAUCGAUAAGGCAAUCGAUAUUCUAAAGACGACGGAGCUCUACGUGCCACAUCUUAAAGAAGAUAGAGCAAUGUACAGUGAUCCAGUUGCUACGGAUCUCGUGGGCGCGUUACUUGCCUCUCCGCGCACUGCGUGGGAAUCUAGAAGAUCAUCGUCAGAUUCCGCGAGAUUAUCCACUAUCAAAGCUAUCACUUGCCCGGCCAACUCACGUGUGCAGGUGAAAAAUUUUCGGGGGCCGCAAGAGCUCACUGAUAUGCUAGACAACAGUCUUGACUGGGGUUUCGAGAUAUUCAAGCUUGAGGUGCUGACGGAGAAAAGACCGCUCGUUUUUCUAGGACUGACGAUCAUGAACUUAUAUCAAGUGCCCGCUACAUUACAUUGCGAUGAGAAGACGUUGCAAAAUUGGCUAGCCAUUAUUGAACACAAUUACAACUCGGAAAAUAGCUAUCACAACUCAACACACGCGGCCGACGUUAUGCAAGCCACUGCGAGAUUUAUGCAAUCGAAAAGGCUCAAAGAAAUUUUAGAGCCUGUAGAUGAGGUUGCUGCUUUAAUAGCUGCCGCUGCACACGAUAUUGAUCAUCCUGGGCGGUCCAGUCAAUUCCUUUGCAAUGCCAACAGUCGUUUGGCGAUACUCUAUAAUGAUCUGUCGGUUCUUGAAUCGCAUCAUGCAGCCUUAACGUUUAAACUAUCGCUCUCCGAUGACAGUGUGAACAUCUUUAAAAAUCUGGAGCGAGAUGCGUACAAACUGUUACGACAAAAUGUCAUUGACAUGAUUCUGGCGACCGAAAUGACGAAGCACUUCGAGCACCUGGCGAAGUUCAUGAACGUUUGCAGCGCAAGAAUUGGUGAUGGUCAAGAGACUUAUUCAGAUUCUCUGGAUAUGUCUGUGGUUCUACAGCCAGAUAAUGUAAUUCUGAUUAAAAGAAUGAUGAUCAAAUGCGCGGAUGUGUCUAAUCCAACGCGGCCAUUAAGCUGUUGCGUCGAAUGGGCGAGACGAAUCGCAGAGGAGUACUUUAAUCAGACUGACGAGGAGAAAAAGUUGAAAAUGCCAGUCGUAAUGCCGAUGUUCGAUAGAAUGACGUGUUCGAUACCAAAAUCGCAAAUCGGUUUCGUCGAUUAUAUCAUUAACGACAUGAUCGAGGCUUGGGAUGUAUUCAUUGACAUGCCGGAAAUAGUGGGCUACAUGCGGCACAACUACGAGAAAUGGAAAGAAUAUAAUGAACAGGGUAUAUCCACUUUACAAGAUGUCGAGAAGCUGCAACAACAUCCCGAGAUGCAAAUACUGCGAUUAUCUUGAAAAGCGCGUCUUGUUUCUAUGCCUCGUUAUGUAACAUUUACGCUGCGAUUAUCGCAAAGACGUGUAUAGUAUUUAUGUAUUUAAGGAUAGAGUAACGAUUCGUGCCUCCUCGAGUCGUUUCUAAGAAAAUACAUGUAAUUUGCCGUUUUGCACGCCAUCAGCAUCUUCAUUAUUUAUAUAUAACUCCACUCCCCUCGAUGACACUCGCCUGUAUUUUAAACGCGUGACACAUUGGUAAGAUAUUUAUAAUAUUAAGAAAGAAAUACCUUUGUAUAUGCAGCUCCGUUAAAUGUGUUACUUCAAUGAAGUCUUCGCUGCUGCGCAUGCUGAUCAUUAAAUUGUGUAUAUGAGAGCAACAAAUAAAUAAGAACGUUGCAUUUAAAUAAUUUCUGAUUCUUUACAGCCAGAACUUAAUUCCUCGUCCAGUUUUGUCAUUAAGUUUCGGCAGUGACUAUUAUUUGGAAGGACUGGUGUAACUGUUGAAAUAAAAUACUCGCAUUAUAUGUGUCGGCGGAUUUCACUUUAUUGUUUCCUUCAGCCAAGAAAUGGCGUAGGGCCUAUUUCUAUGCGCUGCACAAAUUACAGAAUUGAAAAAAAAAACCAGAUAUAUAAAGUGUAAGCCGUAUCGAGAUGGAAUUUUGCACAAUUUUUAUCAACAGAGCGUAUAUAAUUUCAGUUAUGCAAAUUACAAAUUUUUCAGUUUUCUUUUGUCAAUACCGGAAUUACGCACUCGCUCUCUCAAUCUAGGACUGCCCUGACAUAACGUUGUUGCAUCUAAGAACGAUAAUUACACUUGUGCACGUUACAAACCAAAGAGAAUGAGUAUAAUAACAUCAAUAGCCCAUCGAGUUACAAGUACUAGCCUAAAAGCUCAUUGUAAGUUCAAAUUCAUCGUAAAGAUUUUUACGUAUGCUGACAUAUGCUUACAGUACACAUAUGUGUUACAUCAUAAUAUUCUCUACGGAACGCACGGAUGGUCGCUUUAUCCAGUUUUAUCAAAGAGACAUUUAGUCUUUGUUUUAUCCCUACAGACAAUCAGAGUAUCGGGUCACUUUUAGAGUUUAUUCGAAGUAUGACACGUAAACACACGGAGUACCUCACGAUAAUAUCUCGGAGUAAAGAUGAA